AGCACAGUCUGUUUCCUGUGUGAAUUUUAGGCAAUGUGUGGAUGCACAGCGGCUACAAAAAUGCUUCUUGGGAUUUGUCCAAGGCAAAGCUUCUCGACAACUGCGUGUAGCUUAAACAGGUUCAGGAGUCAGAAAAAAUUACUAUCCAAAGGCUUUGGAGCAAAAUGGAGAAUUGCAAAUGGAAAGGCAUUGGAUAAUAAGAAAUAUGGUCCUUUGACAGAUCUUCCAGAUUACUCAUUCCUAGAUGGAAGACCUGCACCACUGACAACGGCACAACAGAAGAGACUAGAAGACAGACAACAAAUAGCUGCAAGAGUACACGAAUUGAUGGGGGAACUUAAUUUUGCCAAAGAGCGACACAGAACAAGAAUGGCCAAUAAACAGAUAGAAAAACCAUUUCCACUGAAGCCCAAAUCCUGAUAGGUUAUAUUUUACCUAGCUUAUGUAUAUGUUUUGUUGUUUUGUAAAUAAAUACAGUUAACAUAU